CCUUACUAAUUAACAGAUCCUCUCUCUCUCGUGUUAUACUUUGCGCAACUGUAAGCUGUAAGCCGUACCCGAAACCAAUCCUCGAAGAAAUGGAUUUCCUCCAGGGUUGCUUGCUUUGCCUUCUCCUCACCAUCUUCCAUUUCCUGGCAAGAAAAGCCAGCAAGACUCCCAGCAAGCUCCCGCCGGGACCCGCCCAGCUUCCAAUCAUAGGCAACCUCCACAACCUGGGCGACCAGCCCCACAAAUCACUAGCCAAUCUGGCCAAGAUCCAUGGCCCCCUGAUGAGCCUCAAGCUCGGCCAAGUCACCACCGUCGUCGCUUCUUCCCCUGCCGUCGCCAAAGAAAUCCUCCAAAAGCACGACCAGGUCCUCUGCAACCGCCAGGUCCUCCUCGCCAUACAAGCCCGCGACCACCACCAGUUCGGCAUGCCGUGGCUUCCCGUCGAAUCCAGGUGGAGGAACCUCAGAAAAGUCUGCAACUCCUACAUCUUCACUACCCAGAAGCUGGAUUCCAACCAGGAGCUCCGGAGGAGGAAGAUUGAAGAGCUCAUUGAAGGUGUUCGACGAAAUGGGUGUGAGGUGCAAAAAGAGGUGGAUAUUGGGAGGGAAGCGUUCAGGGCCAGUCUGAAUGCUCUGUCGUCGACGAUUCUUUCGCUGGAUCUGGCGGACGAUGAGGGAUCUGAGACUGCCAGGGAGUUUAAGGAGGUUGCAAGGGGGAUUAUGGACGAGGCGGGGAAGCCCAAUUUAGGGGACUACUACCCUGUUCUGGGCAAGAUGGAUUUGCAGGGAAUACAGAGGCGUAUGAGCAAUCAUUUCAGGAGAGUUUUGGAGCUGUUUGGUUCGGUGAUCGAUGAGCGGCUGGGGAAGCAGAAGUCGGGGAGCUAUGUCUCCGGCAACGACAUGCUCGACACGCUUCUCGUCAUCGGAGAAGACAAUCAGGAGGCUUCCAUGGAUACAGAGCAAAUCAAACACUUGUUCUUGGUUCUAUUUGUAGCUGGAACUGACACAACUUCAAGCACACUAGAGUGGGCCAUGACAGAGCUUCUUUGUAAUCCCAAUGUGCUCGCUAAAGCUAAUGAAGAGCUUGAUCAAAUUAUCGGAAAAGGAAACCCUCUUGAGGAAUCAGAUAUCCAUAAAUUACCAUAUCUACAAUCCAUCAUCAAAGAGACUUUUAGGUUGCACCCAGCAGUUCCACUUCUACUCCCCCGCAAGGCAGGAGCAGAAGUGGAAAUUUGUGGCUUUGCAGUGCCCAAAGGUGCACAAAUUCUCGUGAAUGCAUGGGCUAUAGGCAGAGAUCCGUCGACGUGGGAUGAUCCGAACUCGUUCGUGCCAGAAAGAUUUAUGGAGUCGUCGGUUGAUGUGAAGGGAAACAAUUUUGAGUUGAUCCCGUUUGGCGGCGGAAGAAGGAUAUGUCCUGGAUUGCCACUAGCAUUGAGAAUGUUGCAUAUGAUGUUGGGUUCACUCGUUCAUUGGUUCGACUGGAAGUUGGCAGAUGAAAUUGUGCCAGAAAAGUUGGAUAUGGAAGAGAAGUUUGGACUCACUUUGCAAAAGGCCAAACCUUUACUUGCUAUCCCGACUCCCAGAUAAGAUUGUGAUAAGAUGAUGACAUGACAUUGUGUGAGAGAGCUCUUUAUGUCAAAAUGUACUAUUGAGUGAUUUCGAUGGCAUUUUUCCCAUUUCAUUCUCUUUUCGUUGGUUAUUGGCCCCAAAAUUCGAAUUCACCGUGUGGUGGAUGUUUCCAUCCCAACCAUUGGCACAUUACCACCGAGUCAAUCCAUUGGGAUCGAUUGCUUUUCAUAUCAAACUCAAUGUUACAUUUUUAUUCAAGCAUGUGGCACUAGUUUGAUAAUAAAACAAGUGGAACUAU